CGCCACGAUACAGUGUGUGUGAGACCGAGACCCCGAGCAUGUGUGUGUGUGCUGCAACCUGAGCGAUACUGAGUAAAUAAUGUAGACAGCGGUAGUGAGGACGGUGUGGAAAGGACCAUGAAUUAUGCAGCCUGCUGGCGCUUUACUACAGCUGCUCUGUCUUAGAGAGAGCUGGAACCUGUAGCUGCCUCUCACUGACUGACUUGCUGACUGAAUGCCUGCCUGCCUCCUUGCCUGACUGACUUACUGCUUGUGUUUGCUUCCUCAGAGAGAACAUGUCCCACUACCAUUUUAUCAAAUGCUGUUGUUUCCAGUUAUGUAACGUCUUCCGUCAGAACAUGGAGAUAGACCAGUGUCUUCUGGAGUCUCUUCCUAUUGGCCAGCGCCAGCGACUGGUCAGGAGGAUGCGCUGCGACCAAAUUAGGGCGUACUACGAGCGGGAGAAGAGCCUGCAGCGCCAGCAGGGCGGAGUCAAGGCCCGAGCCCUGCCCCCCGGCCCCAGGAAAAAGCUCCGUAUUCGCUUCAGUCUCGGUGAUGUCAUCCAGGACGCCAUCAUACGCCACGAUGACAAAGAAGUGCUGCAUCUCUUAAAGGAGGGAGUGGAUCCCAACACACCUGCCUCCUCAGGAGGGUCCCUCCUUCACCUGUGUGCUCGCCAUGACAACGUUUUUGCGGCCGAGCUGCUGGUGGAGCGGGGGCUGAACGUCAACCUGCAGGACGAGGACCAGUGGACGGCUCUGCACGUGGCGUGUGUGUGUGACCACGCCGACAUGGCCGUGCUGCUGCUGCUGACGGGGGUGAACGUUCUCCUUCAGGACGUGAACGGGAACAUUCCUCUGGACUACGCCAGCGAGGGAACCGAGACCAGUUACAUCCUCCGCAGAUACCUGGAGGAGAACGGUGUGGAUGUGUCGUCCAUGCACAUCAUGCGUCUCCAGAGGCCCAGUACCAUGCUGUCAGACGUGAGGCAGCUGGUGUCCAGCAGGGGCAGUCUCAACCAGCCCAACCACGACGGGGUAACCCUGCUCCACAUAGCGUGUGCCAGUGGCUACAAGGAGGUCGUCUCAGUGCUGCUUGAGAAUGGGGUCGACCCCCAGCCUUACGACAACAACUAUUGGACACCUCUGCACCUGGCCGCCAAAUAUGGACAGACAAGCAUCGUGAUCCAAUUACUGAAGCACAGAGCUGACCCCACACUAUUGAACUGCAACCAGGAAAAGCCCUCAGACAUGUCAGCGACAGAUCCAAUCGCGGACAUGCUGCUGAGGGCCGAGGCAUGCUGGGUAGAGAGACAGAAGGACCCCACUGCCCCCCUGUUCCCCACAGACCAACGCUACUAUGAUGGAGGGGCUCAUGAUGUCACCACACCAGUCAAAAACCUGACCCCCCUGGCCCUACCCCUGGCCAAGCGUGACAGCCUAUUGGAAAAGUUCACCAUGUUUAGGGAGGUGGGCGGCGCUCUGAGCAGACAGCCCUCCCAGGACAACGGUCUUGACGGUCCCUACAGCACUGGUUCCGGAAAACUGGAGCAAGUGAAGCUGAUGCCGCCGGCACCAAACGAUGACCUAGCGUCACUCAACGAGCUAACAGACAGCAGUCUGCUCUACGAAAUGCAGAAACGUUUUGCCAACAACCAGAUUUACACCUACAUUGGCAACAUUCUCCUUCUUGUGAAUCCCAACAAGGAGCUUCCUAUAUACUCCACCCUGGUGAGUCAGUUGUACCUGAGCUCGACAGGCCGCCUCUGCUCUUCUCUCCCCCCACACAUCUUCUCCUCCUCUGAGAGGGCCUACCACAUGAUGCUGCAGGAGAGACGUCCGCAGUGCUUCCUCCUCAGUGGGGAGAGUGGCUCUGGGAAGACCGAGGCGUGUAAACACAUAGUCCGACACCUGACAGCCAGGUCUGGCCCCAAGGGCUUCUGUCUGGAGCCCAAGAUGAAGCAUGUGAACUGUAUCCUGGAGGCAUUUGGACAUGCCCAGACUCCCAGGAACAGCAAUGCCAGUCGCUUCAUCAAGCUGCUGAGUCUUCAGUAUUGUGAGAGGAGGAGGACACUGCUCAGAGCACGGGUCUCCGCCUACAUGCUUGAGAAGAGUCGCCUGGUCCACAUGGCGCACCAGCAGCCGAACUUCCACAUCUUCUACCUGAUGGCCGAAGGUCUGUCUGCUGAGGAGAAGAGCUGCCUGUACCUAAACAACCUGCUAGCACACAGGUACCUCAAUCCUGCUCCCCCAGGGGAGAGCCCCCCCAUGGCCAUGGCCUCCACCCAGAGCAGAGAUCGGCUGGCUGCUGUCAAACAGGCCCUGCGAGCCCUGGGCCUAAACAAGCUGGAAGUGGACUCUGCAUUCCAACUCCUGUCCUCUGUGCUCCAUGUGGGCGACCUGCGCUUCACCCCCCUGACUGACCCAGACUCCGCCUUCCCGUCUGAUCUGCAUUUGCUGGAGCGAGUGGCUGGUCUGUUGCAGGUGUUUUCAGACGACUUGAGCUCUGCACUCACCUCUGAUGUACAAUAUUUUAAAGGUGAUGUCAUCACUAGGCGCCACACCGUGGAAAUGUCAGAGCAGUACAGAGACCAGCUGGCUAAGUCUCUUUACGGACGUCUCUUCAGCCACCUGGUCAACCUCAUCAACGAAUACCUACAAGGACAAGACGACAGCAUGGGUGACCCUGCCCUGGAGAUAGGAAUCUUGGACAUCUUUGGAUUUGAGGAGUUUCAGAAGAACAGCUUUGAGCAGCUGUGUGUGAACAUGACCAGUGAGCGUCUAAGACAGUAUGUCUCCGAGGUGCUGUUCCAGCAGGAACAGGCUGAGAGUCUACAGGAGGGCGUCGCCAUGGAGACGCUGUGGUCGCCCGGCAACCAGCCAGCUGUUCUCGACUUUUUCUUCCAGAGGCCCCAGGGUCUGCUGUGUGUGUUGGAUGAGGAGAGCCAGGCUCUGCGGCCUGCUGAGUACACACUCUACAAGAGGCUGCAGACACACCUGGACUCCACACAGACACACGGCAUCUCACUGACGACCAAGGACGGCAACGGAAAUCCCCCGCCAAAAGACCAGGGUCCCGCCUUUACUGUCAGCCACUAUGCAGGCCAGAUGACAUAUGACCUCACAGGGUCAUUGACAAAGAACAAAGACUCCCUCCCUCAAAACCUCCUGCUUGUUAUGAAGUCCAGUGAGAGUGUGCUGCUGCAGCAGCUGUUCCGGUCCAAAUUGACCCAGACCGGUUCCCUGGUCCCGUCCCAGUCCAGACCAGGUCUGAGGGGGUCCAAAGCUGCCCUGCUCCUACGCAAAAUGACCUGUCCCUCCUCCUCCUUCUGCUCCUCUUCCUCCUCCUCCUCCUCCUCCUCCUCCUCCUCCUCCUCCUCCAUCACUGCUCGACCUUCCCGGAGAUGCCAGGACCUUUCCAAGAUGUUGAAGAAGAAGGGAGCAGCCUCAUUCCUCCAGAGGCUGGAGAGGUGUGGUCCCAUAACGGUCGCCGUCCAGCUGAGAAACUCCCUCUCAGAGCUGGUCAGCAAGCUGCAGGCUUGCACGCCUCACUUUGUGGAGUGUGUGCGUCCCAACGGCGGUGGCGCGGCCGACGCCUUCGACAGCGUCCACGUGUCCAGCCAGUUGCAGUACGUCGGAGUGCUGGAGAUGGUCCGUAUGAUUCGCUAUGGAUACUCCGUCCGCCUGCCCUUCAACAGCUUCCUCAGCAGGUUUAAAGAACUGGUGGACACCACUCUGGCAGACAAGAGGAAGUUGUCAUCGGAGGAGAAAUGUCGCUACAUACUACAGCAGUGUAAACUCCAGGGCUGGCAGAUGGGCAGCAGCAAAGUGUUUCUGAGGUACUGGCAGGCUGACCAGCUCAACGACCGCUGUCACCGGAUUCACAGGAAGAUUGUCACCUGUCAGAAAGUGGUGCGAGGCUGGCUGACCAGAAGGCGCGUGAGUCACUUGCUCUCCCAGACUGACGGCUGUCGUGUCCAGCGGUUCCUGCAGGGGGCAGAGGACCUGGGCCUGCACACCUACGACCACCUGGUCAUCCAGAAUGCUUCCGACAUCGCCCGCGAGAGCGAUCGCCUGCGCUGCCACGGCAACUGCGUGGGCAGCAGCCCGCCGCUCGGGGAGAGGCCCGAGCCGGUGGGCAAGGAGGAGGAGCCUGCCAAGAGGUUAAGGACCGCCCCCAUCUCAUUAGCAGUCGCGGAGAAGACUGCCAGAGCAAAUGAGGGCAGUCGGACCAUCCGCCACUUCCGUUCCAGCUCCGUGCCUAUCCCCCUGACCAUGGAAAGCUUGGUAUAUCCCAGUGCCAGCCCAUCCAUCAAGCCUGCCCUGGCACAAGCGGGUCAUACCACUGAGGAUGGGGGAAAGGGGGGAACCUUGUCCUCCCCACGGAAACAGCCUCCGCCGAAGCCUAAGAGGGAUCCCAACACACGUCUGAGUGCGUCCUACGAGGCUGUCAGCGCCGGGCUCACCCUGGGUCCUAGAGAGAGCCCCACCCCUGAGGGCUGUGCAUCCCCUUCUGGCAGCCCCCCCAAAAAUCAGCUGUCCCCCACAGACCCCUCAGCCCUCUCCAAGCCCCGCCCCCACAGCGACGACUACACCGCCAUGCGCAAGGUCCCGCCUCCCAAGCCCAAGCGCAGCCCCAACACCAAGUUGACCGGCUCCUACGAGGAGAUCAACGCCGUUUCCCUUCACCUGCAGCUCCGCCCGGCCGACGUCAAACUGGCCCUGCUGUCCCGCAUGGGAGGGCUGGGGGGGUUGAUGCAGCGCGCCGCCUCCAUGGACGGCCCGCGGGGGGCGGCGCUGGGCCAGGGCCAGGACGACGAGGAGGACGUGUACAUCGAGAUGGUGGGGGCGCACCCUCGGCACCCUCACCCCCCUUCCAGCCUGCAGGACCCCUCGGAACCUCCCAACAGCCCCCCGGACGCAGAGGCCGUAUACGAGGAGAUGAAGUACUUCCUGCCCGAGGACGGGGCACUUCCCGCGGGCACCAUGAGCAUUGCGAGCAAGCUGGAGGCGCUCGGACUGGGGGCGUUGGGGAUGUCGACCAAUCAGAGCAGGGACUGUAAGCGGGUAGUGGUAGGGGUGACUGCUGCCAUGGAGAUACCCCUCAUCCCGAACGCUGGGGCGGGGCUCUCGAAACCUGCCCAGGGGAGAGAGGGAGGGUGUGACAUCCCCGCCCCCUUCCCCAACCUGCUCCCUCAUCGCCCCCCCCUCCUGGUGUUCCCCCCUUCCCCCGUGACCUGCUCCCCUGCGUCGGAUGAGUCCCCCCUCACCCCCCUGGAGGUGAAGAAACUGCCAGUGUUCGAAACCAACCUGAACUACCCCGGCGGGGGGCCAGACUCCCCCAUCUCCCCCCAGUAUUCCCGCCAGAGGGCCGAUUCCUCCCCCAGCCUCUCCAUCCUCAUGCCGGACAAGUCCACCCCGCCUCUCACGCCGCCUCCCCCCAGCACCCUCCCUCCCCCCUACAGACCCCCCUCCCACUUCCCCUUCCCCCCCGAGGUCAACUUGCUGUCUCUGACCCGGGCAGCGUCCGUCACAGGGGGGUCUGACUCAUCGAAGCCCUCCUCCUCCAAACCCUACUCCUCCUCCUCCCAUCCCCUGGGGAAGCCCCCUCCCUAUUCGCCGGUGAAGUCGAGCCGACCCGAGCCCCGGCGGGCCCACUCCUGUUCCUCUUCUCCCCUGCUCUUCAACCCAGCCAAUGGGAGAUCCCUGACCAGCCCCCUGGACGAGCUCAACACUCUGUUCAACUCCGGGAGGAGCCUGCUCAAGAAGUCCACGCCUGGACGCAAGAUGAGGGAUGGAGGGUUCAACUCAAACAUCAACCUGCCUGGGAGGGAAGACUCAGGCUCUGCCCCCACAUCCCCAUCCCCUCAGCUACAGGACAAGAAUGCCAAUAACCACUCCCCCCACUCCCCAAACCCCGCCCCCAUGGAGAAUGGCAACCCUCAUGGAGAAAGACUCUCUAACGGGUGUCUGGAAGAUGAGGGUCACUCCAAGUCCAUGUCCUCCAGCUCCUCCUCUCUGCACAGGCAUAUGGACAGCCACCACACUCAGAGAAGCCAUCUAAACUUCUCUCCGUUUGGAGCGGGGGCCGCCCUCUAAGACGGGGGGGGGGGCUGCUGUCAGACGGGGGGGACAGGAUGAUCCAGCGUCUGCAGAGGUUUGUGGAGGAGGAGGAGUGACCCCCUGGGGGAACAUCUGCGAUUGCACCGGGUGCAGUGUGAGGCACGGGGCUAACUGGAAGCAUUGGGACCCUCCGGCCCCACCCACCAGAAUGCUUUGGACCAACCGGAAGGCCUCUAUGAGAAGGGGAGGCGCCUUCAUGAUAUGGAUGUUUUCUUCAGACGCAUGAAGCAACCGCCGUAUUUCGACACCACACUUCUCGAAACCUACAACUCUGCCCUCUGUCAGCUGCUGCUUCACCCCCCCUCCGUCCCCCCAUACAACCCCUUGAAGCUUAGCUCUCCCCCCCCCCCCAAGAGCGACAGCUAUUCUUCAGGGGGGAGGGGGUGUACCACCACUCCCUCCUCCCCCCCCUUCACAGCCUGGGUACGGGGGACUCGGUUAGGAGCCAGCCCCAAGGCCCGUUCAGAUAGGACUCAUGCCCUAGGAGUGUCUGGGAUGGGAGGAGAGGAGAGGAGAAGCACACCCCAGAUGUUCUUUCGCAGUUGAGAUAUGGAGAAAGAAGUUCCGCCGUCUUUGUGGAGAUGCCUAGCAUUAUGAAAGGACUUCCCGUACCUAACCCAUGGUGCUGACCACAUACUGUGGUACCCUGUGAUGUUCCAUGUCACCAUCUCUGUGUGUGAGUCCCAGCUCCCCCAGAAUGCACCUCUCCCAUGUUUACAGGUGACCCAGCGCCUCUUCUUCAUCUCCUGUGAUGGACUUCACGGUUGCUGCUCAGUUAAGCCUUUGGUAGAUAAAAAUACUUCAGGUACAGUGCAGUCCUGGGUGCAAGCAACAUCAAAUACUAGCGCUGCACUUAAUUUAGUAUACCCAGUACAAUGGUUGCGAUUGUACAAUCGCAGAAGUAUAAAUGGUGAAAUAAAUCAAGUGCACCUCAAACCCAUAUGUGUGCGUUUGACCCAGCCCUCCUACGGCUCAAUCUGAGUCUAACCCGACUGAUAGGCUCCAGUGUAUGUGGGGUCAGAAUGUGUUACUCUAAGAAAUACCGAGGACCCACGGAUAUAUUUUACAGCAUAGAGACAUUCAUGGUAACACACACACAAACCACACGCACAGUGGAUGACCACAGUCUCACUUCUACUACUCAAGAUCUCUCAAUGACCCGACACUAUGUAGUAUGUGUCAACAAAGGAGCAUAUGACUGUGGUCCAGACUAAGUAUAGGAAGGUCUCAUCUUUACUGUAUCUCCUAACACCAUCACCUAGGAGACCGAGUUAAUAGCCUAGUUAGGCUGAAGAGCUCAAGGCCGGAAACUCCUGAAUACCAGAGCUCUCCAAUGUACAGAAUUCUCCUCAAUGCAUCUCCAAUGGAACCAUACCCCAACCUCGCCAUGCAAGCACAUAAAAACAACCCCCUCAUUCAGCUGUGUCGCUCUGAAAGCACCCCAACCCCCCUCCGCUGCUUCAGAAACCCCUGGCCAAUCCCCCAUCCACCCCAGCCCCUCCCCCAACCUCCAGGGGACCAGAGGCAUUGCCAUGGUAACCUCCCUGUAAAUAGUGGGAUGGCGUUUUAAAUGUUAGAGGUUUUACCGUAGCAGAAAAGCACAGAGAAAAGGCAGGGUAGAGAGGAUAGAAAUAUGGUAAAUAUAACAUUGUCCAGAUUCAAGGAAUGUCUUGGGUUCGAUGCAAUGACUGAGGCAAAGAGAAGAGGUUUAUUUUAUAAUGUGAAUUUUCUUUUCUUUUUUUUGUCUUCUUCAGAAUGAUUGUCUAUUGAUAUCAAGUUCUUUAUACUGUAUUUAUAUUGUGUGUUUCCCAUGUUGAUAACUGCUGGUUUACUCCUGAGAGGCAGACAUGUUUACUAUGCCAGCCAGGAAGGUUGAGCGAAGGUGUAUUGCACAAUGUUGACGUGCGGUGUGGAUGGGGGGGUGCUGUGGCCACAUCUCCACACCCAGGUGUGUCUCUCUUCAGGCAGGCCCAUCUGAGCAGAUCACGGUGUCAUGGCCCCAGACCUGGAGCAUCAAUAGAUCGGAUAGAUUUACCUCGGUCCCUGAUCCUUCAUCACGAUGACUGAUUGAUCUGGUAUUUACAAAUUAGCCGCGCCAUCACUCUGCUUGGCCUUCCCAUUAGCCCUGCUUAAUAGGAGAAAAUGUGCGUUGUUCAAAUACACACACGUACAAACACACCUACUGACACACACACGUAUUCUCUGGAACACGCAGAUAUCUUCACACACACACACACACACACACAAUCAGAGACUUAUUUAUAUAAAUAAUCCUAUAGACCUUGAAUCCCUGAGAGUGGCAGCCACACCCAGCACCCCUCCAGCCCACACCAAGGUGGUGAGGUCCUCCUCUAUACAGGGUCCUAAAAAAAGUCAUGUUCAUGUAUGCUUAGUGGACGUACUCAUCCCCACCUACAAGGACUUCUCGUGAAAUGAUGGAGAGAGAAAACAGACCAUGGAUUGUUUUGAUAGAAUUUGAGACAGUUAGCAGUGUGUGACCCUGCAUGACUUGCUGUCAGCUCCCCCCCCUCCCCCUCCCCCCCCCCCAUCCAGACUGUCACCAUCAGGCUUAAUGAUGUGAAUCACUAUUCUCAACGCACUGUGAAUCUGCCCCGUCUCUCACUGCCAUCCUGCCAUACUGACACCCCUACACGCCCCCACCUGCCCACGAUACUGACACACCAACACUCCCACUGCCCCACUACCCCACACUUACACCAACACACACUCCAGCUCCAAUGAUGCACAACCCCAAAUGCCCCCACCAUAUUUUCAUACAGAACUAACAAACUGCCAUUUGUCAUUCCAAAUCAGGAAUCUGUGUGUACUAGUGUUCCUAGGUCAGUCCCUGCAUCAGGUGUGGUGCUAUGGCCAGGCCAGAUCAGGCAUCCUACUGAUCCCAGACCAGACCAUGUACAGAGCUGACGGGAGAGCUAGGACAGCCUGGCUGUCUCACUGCCUCUCAUUGUUGUUGUUUUAAAGUUUCCCAUCUUUUGUAAACAACCUGAAGCCAGUACCAUUUGAUCUGCAUUCAUAUGUGUUCGUGAAAAAAAGAGAAGUUGUAUGUGUUUGUUUCAUAUAUCAUUGGCGAUGUUUUAUAAAUACGUGUACAGCAAUAAAGAAAACGGUGUCCA